CACUUACUAGCACCUCACCACUCACUGCCCACUGCCUGCUCCCUGUAGUGCAUGUGAAAAGCGGACUGGGCCGCAACACCAAUUUUUGGAUCCACAGGACAGUUGGACUGCUCCCAAGUAUACCUAGGUAGCUGAGCCGGGCGUCAUAUCACGCAUGUGCCGGUCUUGCCCAGUGGCUCGAGCACGCCAGAUCUAGCAACUAUGGCAAUCGGCGACGACGAGACGCCGGCCAAGGGCGCGCGGUCCCCUGUCCCGAAGGAGGAGGAGGUGGAGCGAGUAGAGGCCGAGAGGUUCUCUCCCCAGGAAGAAGCAGAUUUGGUGGCCGAGUCCAACUCGCAUAAGGCCGAAGCGAACAAGCUAUUCACAUCUGGCAAAUACGACAUCGCGCUCAACAAAUAUGACCUGGCCGUCGCUGUCUGCCCGAAUUACCUGGACUACGAGCUGGCUGUCCUCCGGUCCAACAUUGCCGCCUGUCACCUGAAACUGGAAGAAUGGAAGGAAGCCGUCAGCAGCGCCACUGCCGCGCUCGACGGCCUUGAUCGGCUGGAGCAACAAGAGAGUGAGAAGGCAAAAGCCGCAGCCGAUGGGACCAAAGACUCGGAGAGCGACGCCGAGGCCGAAAUAACCAGCACUGGCGCCGCCAAAGCUGGCCCCGCUCUGUCCGCCGAUACCCAUGACGACCCUGCCGAAGCAGCGCGCCGCAAGCGCGGGGACGACAUUGCCAGGAUACGCGCCAAGGCCCUGAUGCGGCGAGCGCGCGCGAGGAGCGGGCUGGGCGGGUGGGCAGACCUGGAGGGUGCGCUCGAAGACUACAAGAAGCUGGCAGCGAUGGGCAACCUGGCUGCGGCCGACAAGAAGGUUGUGCAAGCACAGCUCCGGGCGCUGCCGCCGCGCGCCAAGGCCGCCCAGGAGAAGGAGACGGCCGAGAUGUGGGCCAAGCUGAAGGACUUGGGGAACGGGCUGCUCAAGCCGUUCGGGCUGAGCACGGACAACUUCAAGAUGGUCAAGGACGAGAAAACCGGAGGGUACAGCAUUAAUUUUCAAGGAGGAGGAGGAAGUAAGACGUGAAAGUGAGGCGUGGUUAGACAACACAAGAGCCUCUCCGGCCUCAGGCUUGGGUAUCGAGCUGUGUUACUGAGUUUACGGCUUGUUCCAGCAGUGGCCGGCAUCACGUCCUGCUUCCGGGCGAGCCCGAACGGCUGGAUGAUAUUUGCCACGCCUGCAUGAUCAAUCCUCGGUGCAACAUUCCUCAGGACACAAGGGAACGAUGCAGGCGCAUGACGUCUCGGCCCCCUGCCCAGGAGAAGGGGGGCAGCGGGAGGGGAGUGCUCCGAACAAGCAACGACGCGGAGGGCCCUAAGGUCAGAGAACAUGGGCGAGGGGAUGUGCCUCUGGCAAAUCACUACCGAGAUGGAUUGAUCCAAGGUUCAUUUUUUCUGAUGUGUGAGAGAGCGGCGAAAUUCGAAGGACCAACACCAGUCGCGGCGACAUCUCACAUCUCAGGGCAUCAACUCCUGAUGGAAAGGAGCGGGAUGUGAAAACGGGAUGAGAAAACGGAUCAUUCAGAUCCCCCGAAGCCUGCCAAGACUUGAGCUGAAGUGGGGCGCGAAACGACGAUAAGCCGCUUAUCAAGCAGCGCGGGGCGACUGAUUC